AUGCUCGCCGUGCGACGCGCCGCGGUCCGAUCGCGCCUUCCACUGGUCGCUUGGACGGGCACACUUCGGCCACGCGGCACGAGUGACGAGGUGGAGUUGAUCUGCCUGCCCAACGCCGUGGACCGCUACGGCACCGGCGAUGCCGUCGUGAAGCUCUCGGUGAGCGGUACGAAAUUCCUCACCUUGCGUUCCACUUUGGCGCACUCACCGGUCUUGGAUGCCAUCGUCACUUCAGCCAUUCACAACGAGGAGCUCUCCAACGAUGGUGCGAUCUUCAUUGAUCGGGACCCCAAGCACUUUCCCGUGAUCCUGAACCACUUGAGAAGCAAAGCAGAAGGACGACAGACGUUCAAAAACCCCUGCAAGUGGUCCUGCAAGGAGGGGCAUUCGGUGAUGUUGCCCAAGGACCCCAGCGAGCUCCGCGACCUCUUCAUCGAGGCGGAGCACUUCGGCCUCCCAGAGCUCCGUGGCCGGAUUCUGAAGAAGCGGAAGGUGGCGCACAUGGUGAGCCUCUUUUCAGGGAGCGCAGGGAAUCCGUUCGACCUGGCGGCACGGAGCUUGUCCACCCUUCGCAACAUGGCCUUGGUCGGCGCCACCACCGCCGCGAGUGGCAUGGCGCUGCUGCAGCAGCUCAGGGAGACCGAGGUGCCGAAGACGCCCACGCAAGCGCUGGAGACCUUGAAGUCCUUCGAUCGAUUGGAAAAGGCCACCAAAGACCGCUUCUCGGACGUCCUCUACUUGGACCCCAGUGGGAAGCGGGUCGAAGAGGCGGCCGCGAGCAACUUCUUUUGCGUCACCAAGGACGGCAAGCUGAAGACUCCAGCCUUGGGGACCAUUCUGGCUGGAGUCACCCGAGAUUCGAUCUUGCAACUGGCGAGGCGUUUGGCCACGCAGAGCGACUUGAUCAACUCCGUGGAGGAGACGAGCAUCACCUUGGAUGAGAUCCUCCAGGCCAAAGAAGCCUUCGUCACUGGCACGGCGGCGGCGGUGACGCCCGUGGGGCAUGUGGCCUCUGUGCUUUGCCAAGACUGA